AUGCAAGAGAUUGCGGUCGCAUCGGUCGAGACAGCUAUCGAGGACCUCCGUGCUGACGCGUGGCUCAGCAAGUACGAACGCUCGGACGGAGGACUUCGCGCGUGGCUUGAUGCAGCGUUGUUGCCUGGCGGAGCAAUGCUGUAUGGAGAUCCGGACAUCGAAAAUAAUAACAAAGCGAAGGAGUUCAUGCAGUCGUCCUUCGUGCUCGCCACCAUGGAACACCACGCGUCCUGGACCAAGGGUGCGCUCUGGCCUCGCAGGGAGGAUCGCCCAUACCCAGUUGGAGCUCUCGCACUGGCACUGGCUGCUAUCGAGCGAGCAUUCAGGUAUCACUCUUUACAGUCCCCAAACGGGAAAGGCACGGCGAUGCCUGCUUUCUCAAAGGUCAAGGCCAGCUCUCUGACGACGAAGUGGAUGCGCACAGCAGUCGCAGACCUGCUCGAAAUGUCCGAGUCGUUUGACCGGCUUGUUGAGGCAGCGGACGAGCUCGCGGGAGUUGAGGGUGAUGAUGGGCAGGAUGAGGACGACACCAUUCCUAUCAACCCCAUGUACCGUCGCCAGCGCACUCAUUCCCCCAUUCGCAAGUAG